AUGUCUAAUGAAAAUUUAAUAAAAAAAGAUCAAACAGAAAUUGAUCAUUUAACAAAAUUCUUAAUAAAAAAUAUUGAUUUAUCAAAUGAACCAAAUUUUUUUGAAUUUUGUUUCGUUUCCUUUCAAAAUAAUUCAUUAGAAAAAUGUGUAGUUUGUGCUCUACCAAUUACUGAUCGAAUUUUUCGUGUAACGGGUAAACGAUAUAAUGGUCAAGGUUCUUCUUGUAUGCAAUGUCAAAAAAGUGUUGAUGGUAUACCAUUUACUAUUUAUCCAACUAUGCAAAUAGAUUCUAUUGAUUGUUUUCAUGAAAAAUUUCCACUAGGUUGUUAUGUAUGUAAUCGUACAAUAUUAUCAUUAAUUGGUCAAUAA